AUGCUGUUACUAACAGCAAGUAAGAAUUCUUCCCAAUUGGGACAGACAUCGACUGAUUCCAAAUUCAUAGCCCCCACUUUACAUUUGUCUGAUGCAGCAUUCGAUGGGUUGCAAUUUCAAGAACAAGGCAACAAUAUGGUUGAUAGUUCCAAAGAUUCUUCUAGUAGAAGAUAUUUUACUUUCAGAAAUAUGGAAGCAUCUAGUGAAGUCAAUUAUAAGAUCCACGUUUCCAAUUUUGCCAAUUUACCACCCUUAAAGUUGGCUUCCAAAUAUAUAUCUGAUUUGACCAAAGUAGAUUCCAUGACUCCAUCAGAUAUUUAUUCCGAUGAGCACAUAAACAAGUCUGGAGCUGGAUUGGAUCAUUAUUUUUUUGAUUAUGAAAAGGGAUUAGGAGAAUUAUCAAGAUUUGAAAAGAUUAAACAACUUGAUUUACCCAAUAAGUUUUUUGAAGAAUACAAUUCAACAGAAUGUAUCACCAAAAUUGGAAUGUUUCCUGAAAUAUCUAGAGCUUGGAUAAUUGUUGAUAAUAAAUUAACUUUAUGGAAUUAUAAGUUACCUCAAUCUUCAUUUAAUGAAAGUGCUCAAUUUUUUACUAUUGAUCAAUUAAAGCAUUCUAUUUUAACUGCUAAAUUGGUUAAACCAAGGGAGGGAGUUUUUGUUAAGGAAGUUAACUAUUUGCUUAUUAUUUCCACUGUAACUGACAUUCACAUAUUCUUAAUCGAAUAUAAUGAAUCAACCAACUCUUUAGAGGUUUUCAAUCCCAAUUUGUCAGUGUCAACUCAAGGAUUAAUCGUUAAUAAGUUUGCAGUUCAUCUGAAAACAAAUGAAAUUUAUUUCAGUGGAGAGGGCAAUGGAGUAAAUGUGUGGAGAUUAGAGUACACUAACAAGUCAAGUUUCAUUAAGAAUAAAUGUGAUAAAACUUGUUUAACCAAAAGUGGUAUAUCAAGUGUCCUUCCCAUUAGUAAGAUAUCUGGCUUUGAUUUCUUUUCGACUGAUUCAUCAUCUAAUACUAAUACUAAUAAUAAUAAUACAAAUAAACCGGAAAAUCAAAAGGUUCAAGAAUUUAUUUCUCAAUUGGUCGUUGAUUCCGAAAGAGAUGUCUUAUAUACCUUAUCAAAUAAGUCUUGCAUACGUGCUUACAAGUUAUCAAAGGGUCAAGAACAAUUUACUCAACAUAGUCAUAUUUCUCCAUCUGAAAUAUUCAAAGCAAUUGCUUCAUUGUUUGUGAAUUCCCAAAAUAUCAAGGCGUUUCUGAAGUUUCGUAUAAUGACCAUCACCACUGUUUCAGCCGAAGAGUCGUCUAACGUUCAACUUGUUGCUGUUACCAAUUAUGGCUUUAGAAUUUUUUUCAAGUUGGGAUCUUCUGCUUCAUUUUCAUCGUAUUUUCUGAAAUCAUUAGGAACGUCUUAUGGAUUGAAAAUGUCUGUUGUUACAGUUAAAUUUCCUCCAUCAAAGGAUUUACCUCAAGCAAAUCCAGAAUUAGAUUCCUUUACUAGGAAUAAACAAUACCUUUCUCAAAUGGUUUUAAACCAACAACAGUCAACUUUAUUACAAAAUACAAAGCUUGGAAAGGUUAUAAGUCCUGGUGUGUUCAUUUGUGUGAAAAGAACGAAAGGCUCAGAUAAGUUGUAUGUUUCCACUACAAAUUAUGGAAUCUUGAAGAAGACAAACAAGGUUGUGGAAGAUGCAGAAUUUUUAAAUAUUAAUGAUAGAGUGGAUGAAAACUCUGCCAUUUUCAUACAUGAUAUUGUUCAAUUAACUCCUUCAAUGAAUGCGACCAAUACCCCCAAUGGAUAUGCCAAUAUUCUUGCCAGUCAAUACACAAAGGCCCCAUUGCAAUUUGCAGUGUUAACCAAUUUUGGUAUCAGCAUUUAUCAAUAUAGAACUCCAGAUAGAAUUUUAAAGGCUUGCAAUGAAGAGGUCCUUGAAGUAUUUAUUGGUGAAAACGGGUUUGAAGAAGCAUGCUCAUCAUUAUUGUAUUUGGCAUGUUCGUAUGGGAAUUCUACUGAAUUAUACAAGCAACAAGCAAAGUUUUAUUUUGCAACAUUAGGGAAUAAUGCUAGACUCUUAGAGUAUUCUCCGGCAUCAGCACAAGUUGGCGAGCAUACUUUGCCCUAUAAUCAAAUGGUCAAUAUUGCCAAAAAUGAUUCACAUCCCACAGUUGAACAGGUCGUUUUGAGUGAUAGAUUUUAUGGUACAUGUAUGUUGAUAUCAAGAAUCUUCAGGGAUUAUUGGAAUAGCAAGGUAUUUAUUCCAUUACCGCAUAUUAAAAUUGAUUCUAAUGGAAGACUUGAACUUUCCUCCGUGAGCGAUGAUAAUUUGUUGAUAAAAGGAUUAGGCAUUAAUAAGAAAGAGAUUGAGUUUUUUAUCGGAUCAAUCAUUGUGUUGAUUGAAUUUUUUGUUGAAAGUGGAAGCAAGAUUCAAGGUUUGAACACACCAAAUUAUAGUUCUGAUCCUAAUAAGUUUGCAGCAGAGGUUUGUAUAAGGGCAGAACACAUUGCAUUUACUUCAGUUUUGAAGUCUUUAGGAGCUAUUAAAGAAGGUUUGAGUUUCCUUAUGGUUUUAAUUGAAGAAAUGGAGACCAAUGAAACCAACUUUAGUGAUAUUAUGAAGUUUUUAUCACUUAAUAUCCAAGUUAACUUAUUACAGUUGACAUUUAAGGAUUUAUUAUUGCCUGGAAGAGACGUAAGAAAUUUAAUCAAAGAUUUACUUUCUUCCAUAAUUAAUAAGAAUAUCUUGAAAGGUGGUUCUAUUGAUUUAAUUGCUUCUUCCUUAAAGGGACGUUGUGGCUCAUUUUGCUCUGCUGAUGAUGUUUAUAUUUUCAAGGCCAUUGAGAAUUUGAAUAGAGCAAAGAAUAUUGGUAACAGAGACAAUGAGUUGAAGAUCAAGUUUUUAAAGAACGCUGUUGAACUCUUUGAAAAAGCAUAUGAUUCACUUACUUUAGAAAACAUUGAGAAUUCCAUAAACAUCAUGCUUGAUUUGGAAUUUUAUACUGGAGCUGUUGAUUUGUUACUUAAAUUAGCACUGAAAAUUGGGACUUUACCAGCUAUCGUUCUUCCAGUGAACUCUGAAUUAUUUAAUGGUGAUUUACAAAAAUCAUCAAAUGCCAUUACAAAGGCCAAUGAAAAUGCUAAGAAGAAGAAACAAUUAUACGACAUGGUUUUUAAUAUAUUGGUAAGAGUGGAUGUUAAGACAAUUCAAGUCCAUGAAACACAUAAUCAGCUUAGGAUUAAUGAGCUUGUGGAAAUAAGAGAUACGGUGUAUCAAAUAUGUUUUGCCUCAAAUGAUAGAGCUUUCCAAUAUGAUUUCUAUCAAUGGUUUAUGAAUCAAGGUGCAAAUGAAAGAUUAUUGGAUAUUAAUACACCAUUUAUUUUACCAUUUUUAGAGGAGAAGGCUCAAAAGGAUUUGAUAUGCAGUGAUUUAUUAUGGUUAUACCAUGCCAAACGGGAGAACUAUUUUGCAGCAGGACAAAUUCUUUAUUCAUUGGCCGUAAGUGAAUUCCAUUUAACAUUGGAUCGUCGUGUUGAAUAUAUGUCUAGAGCUAAUGGGUUUUGUAAUUGUACCUGUCCUCCUAAUUUGAGACAAAAGAUGAUUCAAUUGUCUACACAACUUCAAGAGUUACUUGAUGUGGCUUCACUUCAAUUGGAUAUAUUGACUACUAUUAGGAACGAUUCAAGAAUUAGUGUGGAAAACAAAAAACUUGCUGAAAAUGCCUUGGGUUUCAAAGUUUUAGGAAUCAGUGAAUUAUUCAAUGAUUAUACUGAUCCCUUGGGAUACUAUGCCUUAAGUUUACUUGUAUUUAAGAUAUCUGACUACAAGAAUUCGGAUGAGAUCCUAAAGAGAUGGACAUUAUUGUUUGAAAAGAUUUACCAUAAAUUCGUUAGCAUGGAAGCUGGAUCUCGUGAUGCACUUUAUGUUUCUAUUGAGAAGAUCUUCCAUUCUAUAUCUCCCAAAUUAUCGUCAAGUGACUUGAUAUUCCCCAUUGACGAAUUGAUAAAGAUGAUAGCCAAAACCAUUCACGAAGCGGAAGCUGAAACCAAGGACCCACAACAAAAACCACCUCAAGGAUAUCUCAUUGAGUUAUUCAUCAAAUCUGGUAUCAACUAUGACAAGUUGUACCAUGUGAUAAAAUCGUUGAUUGAACAGAAUGCCUAUGAAGUGUAUCCCAAGUUCACAGACUACCUCAAGAAGGAAAUGCUAUAUCUUAUACAGCAAUGGUAUAAGACGGAUAAGAUGUUGAGAGAACUUAUAUCUGGGGAUAAGAUCCGGGGAUUGACUUCGUAUUCAUUAGAGAGUGACCCUAUACUUGGACUCGAAGGGCAUAAUAUUUAA